AUGCCGGAUGCCAGGUUUAAGUACGCUUAUGUUGGUUUUAAAUGCACUUUUGGAGUGAAUCGUACAAGACGUGGAUUGAAAUUGAAAAACAAGUCGUCUAAAUGUUGCAAUUGCUCGUCUUCAUUUCGCGUGGUUUUGCAUCAUAGUGAAUACAUAAUUGCUUCCCACAAUAUGGUGCAUAACCAUCCAUGCAGCAGGGUGUACAUGCAGAAUGACCCAUGGUAUAGACGACUAACAGUUGAAGAGAAAGAAAAUAUUGAACCACUUCUUCAGCAAUCCCACUCAUCCGAUGAAAUAAUAAUGCAUGUUAAGGAGAAGUACAACAAGGAUAUAACUCGCAUUGACGUUAAAAAUAUGAAAGCCGCAGUGAAUAAAGGUAACGUUGACGUACUUGUUACAUACUUAAGGUAUUUCGAGUCGUCGUGA